GUCGAUAUCGAUUUCACAUGGCUAGCCAGGUCUCUAUCUCACGAGUGUCAUGCUGCCAUGACAUACGAACAUACAUGCAUCUCUAUCCAUUCUUCCUCCGUUCAUUUCAUAUGGCUGCCUUACUUGCCUCUCUCUCUCUCGCGCACCCUGUGCCAGCUUGUCUGACUGACGUCGUCACGAAGGCAUGCGUUGUCGAAAAGAUCAGCAGUAAAGUACAAAGUAUAUAGGCAGGUAGCUACACACGCACGUGCACUCAUACGUAUGUAUGUACGCGGCAGACAGGCAGGCAGGCAGGCACCUGUUGGCAGGCACCUGUUAGGCAAAUCUACGUUACGCACCGAUCAUGCAAAGUAACUUAUCCAACUUAACCGAACGAGGGCUCUUCGCAAUCUCAAACGAACGGGGAGAAACUGCCGCAAACCAAACAAACUCAUGUGGCCUCCCUCUGCCUCCUUCCCUCCCUGCCUCCCUCACCUAGUCAGUCAGUCGGUCAUCCAGCCUCCUCCAGGCCUGGGCGGCCUGACGAGGGCGUACACCUCUAUCUCAUCGCAUAUGAAGUCGAACCCAUCAUCCACCAGGCAGUAGACCUCCUCGCCAUGCUUCUCGUGACGCUCGCUCCACUCCUCCGGCCAGUCGCCCGGCCGCUCGCCACCCAGCAACACCGCCUGGCACCUUGCCAGAGACCGAUGGGCCGCAUCCGACCCCUGUCCGCCGCCACCACCACCGGUUGCUGCCGCCGCUGCUGGUGGUGGUGGCGCAGCGUCCCCCCUCUUGACCCCGAGUGAGAGGGAGUUGCCGCAGAGGUUGAGGAGGCACUCGAGGCCCUCUUCCUCGGCCACCUGGAAGUCGGACACGCCGUUGAUGCGGCCUUUGAGGUCAGCGAGGUAGACGUAGGCGUACGGACGGUCGGCCUCGCCCAGCAGACCCGUCUGGGGGCGGUCCUCAGUGCCCUCGAGCUUCCACCACCUACACAGACAGCACACGCAUGACGCGCACGAAGCAAUCACGCCUAGCUGGGUGCACCAUAUGGUCGCAUGGUGUACCAGUGGCGUGUUGCGAUGGUGGUCUCUUCGGUGUCCUGCUCCUCGUUGCCCACUGACCUCGGCCCGUCGAUGCGGAGCUCCUCCUCAAUCAGCACUGCCAGCAGCUCCUGGGUCUCGGCAGCACGCAACAGCAGCAGCAAAGGGCCGUGGCCGCGGAUGCAGUCCAAGAAAUCCAAGUAACGCCAGCCGUGGAGCGACGCCCUGCACAGAGAGUGGAAGCACCCACCCACCCACAAGUGACAGAUCAGACAGCACGCAUCCCCCAUCCCCGGUUGCGUACUUGUAUACUCUCUUGAGCGGUCCCCCUAGCCUCACAGGCAGCGAUGGCGAGAGGGGCCGGUCCCUCAGCUCCCUCACGUCCCUCAGCGAUGCAGCCAUCAGCUGCAGGUGGGCGUCGGUGAGCAGCCCGUCGGUGGGGCCGAAGAGCUGCUCCUCAUCGACGCCAUACAUGCCGAGCACCCGCCUGAACCCCUCCCUCUCGCUCUCGGGGAUGGGGAGUCGCUCCUCCCCCGUCGGCAUGGCCCCGGUGAUCCGCUGCCGCCUUACGAUGUCAACGACACGCCUAACGUGCUCCACUGACGCAACAUACACCUGACACAAACACACAGCAGCAAACGAAACGGCAUACUGAGGAUCGCUGUAGUGUGUAGGAUGAGGUGCUCUUGUGUGUGUCACGGGCCCACCUCAUUCUGCCACUUGCAGAAGCGAUUGAAGAGGGGUGAGUCGUCACCCAGGUGGCUGGCCGUGGCGAGCGAUGUGGCUAUCUUGGUGCCGAGCACAUCGAUCUCUACCACUCGGUCCUCCUCUCCCCCGUGCAGCCGCGACCUCAGGAACGGCUCGAGCGCCUGCAUCCUCUGCUCGAGAGCCGUCCUCUGCGCCACCACGUCCUGCAGGGCCGCCUGCAGGUCACUCACCUUCCCGACCGUCUUCUCCGUGCUCUUCGGGUGCACACUGAGGGCCGGCGAGGGGUUCGUGCCACCACCUCCCGCAUCCGGCGUGGCCAUCUCGCCCGGGUCAGACACAGAAGGCUCUAGCUCCAUAUUGCCCGCCGCUGCCGCCGCCGCCGCCGGCGACGGUGCGGGCUGCUGUGCGUUCUCGUCGGGGGUGGUGAUGGCGGUGCUGCGGGGUUUCUUGGCCGAGGGGUCGUACAGCAGCAGCCGCACGUACGCCGAGAAGCUGGGGUCGGUCUGUCGGUCGUCGGGCAGCGAGAUGUGGUCGAUGUCGCCGUCCUGGAGCAGCAGCAUCUGGCCCACAAUCCAGUGGAACGCCGGCGGGUACAUCUCCACAAACAGCCGGUUCUGGGCGUCGCGGAGCAGAGCCUGGUCCCACCGGCCGCAGAAUAGCUCGCUGAGGACCGUCCCGCAGAGGAGACAGAGUGUCUGCCGCUUCACCUUGACGUACUCGCCCCCAACGUUCAGCUCCAACACUUGCAUGUCCACUGCAUCCGACGCCACGAACUCGGGAUUACCGUUCAACUCAGUGAUUCGCUGCGACACGACAGGCACAAGCAAGACAUUGAUUCAUCAGCCCUUCGCCCAGCGGUUGCCAGCCGCGGUCAAGGCAUGCACCCAUCCCAUUUGCGACUUCGGUCGUGUGGCUGACCUGUGUGAUAGAUGCCUUGAAAGCCUCGAGGUCCACCCUGAUGCUGUCUAGACAGUCGAAGGCCACAUCGAGGGACUGCUCGAAGCUCUUUCUCCCCUUGUCAGACUCAGCUGCACCCUCGGGCGUCUUGCGCUUCUUCUGACCUCCUCCUUCGGCAUUCCCACAUGCAGCGGCCGCAGCGGCCGGUUGGGACAUGUUGCCCUCUCGAGGCCUUCCUGAGCCUUAGCGUAGCAUCCUCUUUUAUCGACACAGCGCAGAAGGCCGUCAAAAGCGCUC